AUGCCUCCCGCCGAGAAGAAGUGGGACGCCAACGCCGAGCGCGACCUCUGCGUCGCCGUCAUCAUGGGCGCUCAGGACGGCGAUCGCAUGCGCUACAACUGGCCCAAGGUUCACAGCGCCAUGGAAGCUCUGGGCUACUCCUUCACCAAGGAUGCCAUCUCCCAGCACUUUAGCAAGUCCAUCAUGCGCGACUUCAAGGCCCGCCACGGCGAAACUACCAACGGCAGCGCUUCCACUCCUACCUCCGUCCCCAAGAAGGCGACCCGAAAGCGCACCACUCCCGCCAAGGGCCGCAAGAAGAAGGCCGCAUCCGAGGAGGAUGACGACGACGAGACCAACGACCCCUUCGCCGACUCUCCCCUCGCCAAGAAGGUGAAGCGGAUGCAAGAGGAUGAGGAGAAGGACGUCAAGCCUGAUGAUCUCGGUGAUCGCAAGCGCGAGCGCAGUGCCACUGCCGCCAGCCAUGAGGCCAGAUUCGAGGCUUGGCUCGAUUCUGGCAAGCAGGAGGAGGCCUAG